AUGAUGGCGGAGAAGUCACAAGGAUCUGACAACCCUCAAGAAAGCCAGGAAAAGAGCAAGAGAGAGAUCCUGAGGCACACCAAGACAGCAUGGAUGCCUCUGGAUGGACAGUCGGCUCUUGGCUCUGAGGAGGAGAGCCAGAUGGUCAGCGUCCCCCUGCUAGAAGAUUUCAAACAGGAGAACAUCCAGCAGUGGCUGGACUCUGGAUUCUUUGUCUCUGUAAAUGAACAUAUCCAGCAAGUCAUCGACCCCACUGGUUCUUUGCAUGAAGAAGGGAUGGUUCAAAUGACAGUGAAAGACUACAUGAGAUCUCUGCACCAGCUCUCAGAGACACCCAGCCUGUCCAGAGGGACCAGUUUCAAUUCUUGCCAUUCUACCACAAGUGUGCCACAAAGCAUUCCAGAAUGGCUGGAGUUUUGGGAAAAAGAUCCAGUGGACAUUCUCUUGGAUCUGGGGUUUGGUACUGACGAGCCAGAUAUCUGCACACAGAUCCCAGCCAGGUUCCUCACUUGUGGCUCAGCUGCCAGAGGAAUCGACAUCCAUGUAUUUCUUGAGGCUCAGAAGCAACGGAUGGAUGUGGAGAACCCUAACUUGUAUGGCCGGUUCCGACAGCUGGAAAUCCUGGACCGCGUGACCAGUGCCUUCUCCUCUUUGCUGCAUGACGUUAACGCACUACAGAGCAACACUGGAGAGAAAGCUGGAGGGCAGGGGGUGCAGAAGACUUCAGCAAGGGGAGCUCAAGAGCCUCGAAAACGAAUGAGCCGACUUUUGAGGAGAGCUUCAAGGCAGGACACCAGGAGGAUAUGCAAACUAGAGGCCCCUGAAGCAUUAGGGAUGGAGAAUGGGUUUCCUACCACCUCAGCCAAACAGUGGGAUUAUGGAGCAGAGUUACCAAUGGCCUCCAUCAGCCACAGCCAAGACCACAAGUCUUCUUUGACAGAGCUUCAUUCUGUCCAAAUCUGCGAUACCUGGACUCCCUAUCACCCUCCACCAGCCUCCCUGGAGCCUGGCUCCUCCGUGCUGGCCAGGCAGUCUCCUCUUCCCUGGGUACCCCAGAUGUCAGUCAGAGCCAGAACCCAGAAGGACUGGAUUUACACAAGCAAGCCCAAGAACUCGCCUCAUCUUGCGGGGAAAGCACCAGACUCCUUUGAAAUGGAAGAGGUGCAGAGCUUUGAGGAAGAGAUGGGCAGCGUCCUCAACCUGACCUCAGGGACGGCAGGUGCCAGAGUAGACAGAGCAAACAGCUGCCAGUCUGACAGCAGUGGGUUUCUGGAGGAGCCACUGGAGCCCCCACAACUCCAGGUAGAAGAGAGUGAAAGCAGCCAUGGUCCCCCUGAGGCUGGAGAGGGGAAGCCAAGGAAUCCAAGCCACAGCUCUGUGUCCUCCCGGAACUUCCAGCAAGAGUCAGGUGGCUCUGAUUCCAUGGGCCUGGUGGGUACCUCCUCAAGCCAAGACUGCAGUGUCUUGGAAGAAAAGACCUCUGCAUUUAUGGUGGAGGAAGAGCCCCUGCUUGGGGCCUCUGAGGGGUCACCAGAUCUGUGGACUCCAGAUAUGGACUCCAAGAACCCUACAGGGGGAGAAGAUCCAGAAGAAGAUGUCGAAUACGAGGAUGCUGAAGGCCUGGCCACUUCUACAAAUCCUGGCCCUUGGGGGCCCCUGGUGCCUGAAAUUACAGAGAAGGGAGAUGGGUCUGUGAGGCCUGAGAAGGCAGGAGAGGUGCCUGGGAAGUGGCAAUGCCAGGAUCCUCAAAGGUCACCUGGAAUGGAUUCUACUCCAGUCAGAAUCCUGCGUGUGGACUCUGAGUCUUCAAGAGCCAUGGAGAGCAGCAAGCUCUGCUCAGACACCAGCGAGAUCGUCCUGGCACAAGAGAGGCCAUCACAGCACAUCCCCAGUCACGGAGGCGUAACACCCCACACAGCUGACCUUGUCUGCACCACAAAGUCCAGCCCCUACCUCCAUACCCUCCCUGAAGCAGAUGCAGGCUGCCAUGAGUCAGUCACAACCCCAGUGUCCUCCGGUCUGGAGUCAGGUGCUUGGAAUGCUGUGGCCGUGGGGGCCAACUGCAGAGGCGCAGCUUUCGAGCAAACUCUGUGUGACCCCAUCACCAUGACAGGCACCCAGGUGGCUCAGGUCCAUGAUGUAUCUGUUCAGACUUCUAUAAGCAGAUCCCCAUCACAGCCCUGCUGUUUAUCUCCCUGGAACAAACUCUGUGCUUGUGGGCGCAACGCCCUCACCAAGUCGGCCUCUCUGGACACAGAUUUCCCCAGGACCUGCACAGCAGGCUUCUGCCACUCCACACUCCACUGCUGCCUCUGUGGCCCAUACCAUCCCUAUGCCCCUGGGGACAGAUGCUGCCUCAGCCCUGCACCAGCUGCCUGCUUACUGGGCCUACACCCACAGACAGGGCUCACAGAAGCCCCACUCAUGGAGACCCCAAAAGUAUUUCCGGAUACCACCAGGAGGGAGCUGCGAUCUUGUACCCUGCCUGGACUGGAAGCCAUUACAACUGUAUGCCAGAGUUUCCGGGAGUACCUAGAGGAAGUUGGACAGCACCUAGCAGGACAGCAGGCACUUUUGUCCAGGGACAUGCUAGAAGAGGAAAGGGAGGAGGUACAACACCUGCACACCCUGCGGGAAGCACUGAGGCAGCAGGUGGCAGAGCUGGAGUUUCAGCUUGGAGACCUCGCUGGGAAAAUCAGAGAAGAGCUCCUACUGGAGCUGGACUGCCUCAUAGGGGAGCCCCUUGGACUCCAUACAAAUCUGCCACCAUGUAACUGGACAGAAGACAGAAAUGGCCAGAAUCUGUAUGCUCACCCCCACCCUGCUGUGGUCCCGGAGCCUGCCAGUCCUCCUUUCUCAGGGGAGACUCAGCUGCCUGCUGCCUGCACUCCCCUGGUCCUGCGGAGUAGCACCAUGCCAUCUACCCAACCACCUGCUCAGGUAUCCCAGCGGAGAAUGAAGCUGGAUGCUGAUCUGGCUAUACAUCAGAGGACUUGUGGCUCUACAAAUCAUGUCAUGGACACAGUGGUUCCCUGCAUUUACAAGUUGCUACUGGCAGUCAAAGAUGUAGUGCUUUGUGUUUCUCUGGGCUGCACACUCCAGACUCCAAGCAGGACUCCAUGUGCUGUUCUGUACUGUGCGGAGAGUGCUCUGGCCCAUACUACCUCCCUCUCCAUCCCCCUUGCCCUGGUGCCUGAGAAGCAGAGCAUCUCCAUGGCAACAGCAGCAGCUGGUCCCUAG